CUUGAACAAUCAUCCUGCCUAAAUUGUUAUUUUCUUUCACAGGCCAAACAUUAUUACAUUCAGGGACACAUCAAUUAAUUUAAAAUCGUAUGUUUCAGUUAAAUUUCGCGUUGGUGGCUUUAAAACCUUGAUUAUUUAUAAUUUACUUGACACAUAGAUAGAACUUUGACAUACGACUUCAAGUGUCAACGGCCAUUUUAAAAUUCAUUGUUUUUGUAUUUGUACCAAUAGAGAAAAAAAUCACCAAAAAAAUGGAUUAUAUAACAAAAAAUUAGGAGUUUGAUAAUAGUAUGUACGAUUUAAUUAAAACAAACUUACAAAAAGAAUUCAUCACCGUUGGCACCACUGAAAAAACUGUGGCAAACUUCCUUAAUUGCCGACAGAUGUCAAAAAUCUUUUCUGUUCCAUGUGGAAUUUCUUUUUAUCGUAAAAAGUACUGGAUACCUAUUUAAUUUACUUUUAAUUACCGUAAUUUAUUAUUAAUUAAGAUCUAAUAAUGCCGCCAAAACCUAAACCUGGGGCUCCCAGUAAGAAAACCGAAACAAAAAAGAAAGAAAAAGUUAUUGAGGACAAAACUUUUGGUUUGAAGAACAAAAAAGGAGCCAAACAGCAAAAGUUCAUACAGCAAGUGGAGAAACAAGUAAAAACUGGCGGUCUACAUCCACUUGGUACUGUAGAUCCGAAAAAACUAGAAAAGGAAAAGAAACUUAAGGAGCAAAAGGAACUAGCUUCCCUAUUUAAACCAGUGCAAACCCAGAAAGUUGAAAAAGGUGCUGACCCAAAAUCAAUCUUGUGUGCCUUCUUUAAGAAUGGCCAGUGUGGUAAAGGUGAUAAGUGUAAAUUCUCCCAUGACUUGACAAUAGAACGUAAGGCUGAAAAGAGAUCUUUGUACUUUGAUAUGAGGAAUGAUGAGGAUGAAACGAUGGAGAACUGGGAUGAAGAAAAACUUAAGGAAGUGAUCGUGAAAAAGCACGGCGCUAAAGGCGGAAAUAAACCUACAACGGAUAUUAUUUGCAAGCAUUUCUUGGAGGCUGUUGAAAAAUCGAAUUACGGUUGGUUCUGGUCGUGUCCAUCUGGCGAGAGCUGCUUCUACAGGCACGCUUUACCGCCCGGUUUUGUUCUCAAAAAGGAUAAGAAGAGAAUGGAGGAACAGAGGGACAAGGUGACUCUAGAGGACUUGAUUGAAAAGGAGAGAGCCGCUUUGGGACCCCAUCAAACUAAGGUCACUUUGGAAAGCUUUAUUGCCUGGAAGAAGAGGAAGAUUCAGGAAAAGAAAGACAAUCUGAAGAAGGAAGAAGACAAGAAGAGAAGCGAUUUUAAGGCUGGAAGACAGGUCGGGCUUUCUGGCAGGGAAAUGUUCAGUUUCAACCCUGAAAUGGCCACCGAAUAUGACUUGGAGGAUGGUGAUGAAGCCAUCAAUUCUUCCAAAUACAGGGAUGAAGAUGAAGAAGAGGACAUUGUGUACAAGGAAAUUAAUCUUGAUAUUUUAGGGGAAGAAGCACAAGAGGUGGAUGGAAGUGGUACCAUGGCAACUGAAGAUAGAUUCAAAAAAGAAGAAACGCCCCCGGCAGAAGUGCCAGGAUCGGAUAACGCAGAAAGUUCUGCGGUACCUAUUAAUGAAAACCUUUUCCUCGAUGAAGAUUUAGACGCACUGGACGAUGAAAUCGAAAAUCUAGAUCUAGAAGAAUAAAAUUGCACUCAAUUUGGUUUAUUACGUUUGAACUAAUUCUAAGAUCAUGUACAUAAAUACAACUUUUUUUUUUGAAAAUAUAUUCCAAAAAAUAUUUGCCUUACUUACAAAAUAUCACAAAUAACUCCACAAAUCUUCAAAUUCAUCGCUGAACCUACUAAUAAUAUUUGAGUUGUUGGAAUAAACAGUCAUAUCAAAAUUUCGUGAAAAUGCUUGAUUGGUUAGGUUUAAGGAUCCAAACAUUAUUUUACCCAGGUUUGAAUCUUCCUCAUCCAGCAAACAAAAUUUAUGGUGCAUCAUUUCCAUUUUUGCCCCACAUUUGAUAGGUA